AUGUCUUUGUUUCUGUUACUCCUGUUUCCCUUCACAGCAGUCACUGGACAAGAUUUCUCCUCCUUCUAUGUCAGAGAUGGAGCUGAAGUCUCUCUGCCUUGUGGCAGUUUGAUACCCAAUCAGGAUAAAUGUCAGUAUACCACCUGGAACGUUCAGCAUGUCAACAAGAGCUAUGCAGAAGAGCUGGUUGCCCAUGGGAAGAUUACAAUACAUGAGUUUGCCCAAGCUAACGCAUCCAGACAGAGUGUUACAGCGGACUGUUCUCUGGUUAUAAAGAAAGUCACAACUGAGGAUGUUGGUAUUUACAUCUGUCAACAGUUUAUAUCAGGACAAAAACAAGGUUCAGAUGCUGCGGUUUAUCUGUCUCUUAUACAGAUGACUGAACAGCAGCAGAACCAUCAGCUGAAGUUGCAGUGCUCUGUGUCCACAUAUGAACAGUGUCUACAGACGACAACAACAACAACAACAACAACAACAACAACAACACCAUCAACAUCAUCAACUUUGACAAAAGACCCAGGAGGAACAACUACAACGUUAGCCUCAACAGCUCCAUUCAUCGCAGUGGGUGUGGUUUCAGCAGCUCUUUUAAUAACUGUGGCUGUGCUCAUCGUAUACUGUAAGAGAGCUAAAGGGAACAAAACAGCAACAGAAGACAACGUGGGUCUGACCUUAAUCAGUGAUGCUGAAGGAGGAGUGAAGCAGUCUGGACCAGCAGGCAGUCAGGACAAGGCUGAUCCAGACACUCUCACCUACGCCUCCAUCGUUCACUCUGAGAAGAAGGGCAAGAAAGCCAGAAAAGCAAAGGUCCAGUGUACUGAUGAUGGUGACGAUGCGGUGACCUAUGCCACCGUGAGACCGUCCUCUGCCUCUGCUGUAGCCUCCACUGAUCUCAACCUCUACGCCACCGUCAACAAGCCCGCUAAAUAACACAGCACAGCAGAUAUCUGUUGUUUUAUAUGACCGGCUUUAUUCA